UCAAUUUCCCAGAAGUCUGCACGUGAAAGACAACCGCCUUCUCAGCAAAGCAUUGGAAAUCUAGGGAACUGAUCUGUAGCUAUUUUCAGUGGUUGAAUUGAACAAGAUACGAAAUGGACAACUUGGAUGAUUUAAUAAUAAAACUUUACGAAGUUAAAGCUGUGAAAUUUGGAACUUUCAAGUUGAAGAGUGGCAUAACUUCGCCAAUUUACUUUGAUCUCAGAGUAAUUGUUUCUCACCCUUCGCUUAUGAAUCAGGUAUCAAAUUUGCUAUUCCAGUGUGCCACGAAUGCGGGAUUGAAGUUUAAAAAUGUGUGUGGCGUUCCUUACACGGCGCUCCCGUUGGCUACUAUCAUCUGCUCCAAGAAUGAUUUACCAAUGCUCAUUCGAAGAAAAGAAGCCAAGGAUUACGGAACCAAACGACUUGUGGAAGGUACCAUAAACCCAGGGGACACGUGCCUGAUCAUCGAGGAUGUGGUAACCACUGGUAGCAGUGUCCUGGAAACGGCAGAGAUUCUUCAGAAGGAGGGGCUGAAGGUGGUCGAUGCCGUCGUGCUCAUGGAUCGGGAACAAGGCAGCAGAGCCCGACUGGCAAAGGAAGGAAUCAGUCUACACUCCGUCAUCUCCCUCUCCAGGCUGCUGGAUGUUCUGCAGGCUGCCGAACGGAUCGACACCGACACGGCGCAGAGCGUUCGCACGUUCAUCCGGGAGAACAGCGUCGUCCCAUCCCCAGGGCCGAAUGGGUCGCCGGCCGCCAAGAAAGCCCAACUGGAGCUGAGUUACAAGGCGCGGGCAGAACUUCCGGAAACUUCUCCCAUGGCCUCCUGCCUCCUGCAUAUGAUGGAGGAGAAGAAGAGCAACCUGUGCGUGUCGGCCGACGUGACGGAGAGUGCGGAGCUGCUGCGGCUGGCUGAGGAGCUGGGGCCCCUGAUCUGUGUGCUGAAGACUCAUGUGGACAUUUUGCAAGACUUCACGCAGGACGUCGCCGACGCGCUCGGCCAGCUGGCCCACAGGCACCGCUUCCUCAUCUUUGAGGACCGCAAGUUCGCUGACAUCGGGAACACGGUCAAGCUGCAGUAUGAGGGUGGGCUUUACAGGAUUUCCUCUUGGUCUCACAUCAUCAAUGCCCACGCGGUGCCCGGGCCGGGUGUGGUGAAGGGGCUCAGUGCCGUUGGACGCCCCCUGGACCGAGGGUGUCUGCUCAUCGCACAGAUGAGCUCCGCAGGGUCCUUAGCAAAGGGGGACUACACUGAAUCUGUGGUGAGGAUGGCGGAAGAGCACUCUGACUUUGUCUUUGGGUUCAUCUGUGGAGGGAAGGUUAGCAGCAAACCACAGUUUGUACACAUGACUCCAGGGGUGCAGAUGCAUUCUCGAGGAGACGGCCUGGGCCAGCAGUAUUCCACUCCCAGUGAGGUGAUUGGUAAAAAGGGUUCUGAUGUCAUUAUUGUGGGACGAGGAAUUCUUACAGCCCCAGACAGGGUGAAGGCUGCAGGGGACUACAGAAAAGCUGCCUGGGAAGCCUACCAGAACAGGCUGUCAUCACCCUGUCAAUGAAAACCAAUGUAAUGAAACAAUUACUAUGGCUUAAAGCUUCCCUCCACACAAUGGCUUAAUGUGUUUAAGGCUUUGGUUUUGAUUGCACUGAAUCUAGAAACAGCCACAAAAUCUCACGCUUCCCUCUAGGUAAAUAUUUCUUUUUUUUAAGUGGCUAUGAGACCAUAACGUUGUCAAAUUACUAAUUGGAAAUUUUCAUUGUUCGUUUAUUUUAUACUGUCCAAAUAAAUCUAAGCGCUAUACAAAAAAGA